UCCAAAGCGCCCUUCCUGUAAACAUGGCGGCACGGCAUCCUUUGCGGAUCUUGUGCUUAGCUGGUUUCCGGCAGAGUGAGCGCGGCUUCCGCGAGAAGACUGGAGCGUUGAGGAAGGCGCUGCGGGGCCGCGCGGAGCUCGUAUGUCUUAGUGGUCCCCACCCAGUCCUUGAUGCAGCGGGCCCGGAGGGCGCCGUGCCAGACUCCGAGACCUGUCCCCUGGAGGAGCAGCCUCGAGGCUGGUGGUUUUCAGAGGAGGCAGACGUUUUCAGCGCCCUCGAAGAGCCCACGGUGUGCAGGGGCCUGGAACAAGCCCUGGGAACGGUGGCACAGGCACUCGAUAAGUUGGGGCCUUUUGAUGGACUCCUGGGCUUCAGCCAGGGGGCUGCACUAGCAGCCCUUGUGUGUGCCUUGGGCCAGGCCGGUGAUCUGCGCUUUCCAAUUCCUCGUUUUAUCAUCCUCAUCUCUGGUUUCUGUCCCCGGGGCCUUGGCCUCAAAGAACCUGUCAUGCAGAGCCUCUUGUCACUGCCUUCACUCCAUGUUUUUGGGGAUACUGAUCGAGUCAUCCCCUCUCAGGAGAGUAUGGAACUGGCUAGCCGAUUCCCUGGAGCCACCACCCUAACCCACUCUGGUGGCCACUUUGUUCCAGCAGCUGCGCCUCAGCGGCAGGCCUACCUCAAGUUCCUGGACCAGUUUGCAGAGUGAAAGAUCAGCAAUCACCUUUGCCCCUUACAUCCUCCCACCUUGGUGCAGCCUCUGAUGUAUGCCCUCCCAUUCUGAGCACGUUGGGGCCUCCCCUGGGACCUCCAUUCCUGUGUUAACAUGUUGCUCCUCAUAACCAGUUAAAGGACAACUAUUCAUUCUCAGGACUCUUAUAUGACCCCUGGAGAAAAAGGAAGCAGGUGGCUUUACUGGAUUUUGGUUUCUGAUACUCAGACAUGAGAAGAGCUGGAUGUGUGACAUGCCUUUAAUCCCAGCACUCUGGGAGGCUGAGGCAGGAGGAUCCCCCAAGAGUUUGAGGCCAAC